AUGGCUCGCCGUACGCGCAACCCCAUCGGAUCCGACUCUGAUUCCGAAGCCCAGACCCAACAAGGAGGCCGUCACAGCCAAGCCCAACACGACCACGGCGUCAUCAUGGACGACCUCGUCGACCCGGACAAGACGUUACGCCAUUUGUUCUUGCAGGCGUUCAUUUCCAGACGCGUGGUCGAGGUUGGGUUGGCCCAGAGGCUUUAUAAGGAGUGCGCGAAGAUGUGUGCACGUCAGUCUUUGGGGAUUUUGCAACGGUGGAGGCGGCUCCUUGGGUUGGAGUCGGUGGCGCUGUAGUAGCUGUUGUGUGACUUGGGGUUUGAUUGCCCGUUCGCACCCCGACGCGUCGACCCCAACUUGCAUCCUCGAGACCCUCAAGGCUCCAUCAGCCUCCUCUCUCCAACCGUCACUGCGGAUCAAACUCACUGACAUCUCCCAAUCUCUUUACAGUCCCACACGACAACUUUGCAGGCUUCAUCAGCACCCUCGAAGAUGGCCUCACCCUCCUCGGUCUGGACAUCAAGCGCAUUCGGGAUCAAGAAUCCGGCCUCUCCUAUAUCGUAUUGGUGCGUUCACUCGGCGAACGCGAUAUUCGACGCUCGUUCUAUCGAAAUCAUCCGCAGCGAUUAACGAUCAAGUCUUUCGAGUCUCCCAUAGAUCAAUACGGCCGAGGACGCGGCGUCCAAGAUGGCCACCGAUUUCAAACCCGAGGAAAUCGCCUUCUUCCGGGCAAUCGUCAGUUCUUCUGUAAGAUCGGCACGUAAAACCCUGCUUUUCGACUCUAAUACAUGAUUCUUGGUUUUGUACAGGUCGGAGAGAUCAUGUCGACGGACGACUUGUCGUAUUCGGUCACGAUGAAGGAGGCGUUGAGGUGCAUGAAGGGGUCGCGCAUGAUUGCGCAGGAACUCGUUCGAUCUUUCAUCGCCAAAGGUGACUCGAGUCGAUCGGAUCCCCUGAAGCAAGAUCGUGGCUGAUAUUGUCUUUUUACCAGGCUGGCUGCACCUGCAUCGCUCGCAACGCUUGACUUUGUCCGUUCGAUCGAUCGCCGAACUGGGUGGUUGGCUGCGGGAUACGUUCGACGAAGACGAGCUGGCCGUCGUUGAUUGUAAUGCUUGCAACGCUAUCGUCACUUGUGUGAGUUUUCCUCGCAUGGACGUGCAUUCUUCGGGGUUAACUGGUCUAUCGAGAUCGGACGAAGGCGGUACAGAACAAAGUUUUCGUCGUCAAGCCCCGAUCUCGCUGACACGCUGAUCGAUGUUGACGACUCCAACAGGGCUACGCAUGCCCCAACGACGACUGCCCCAUCCGCCUGCACAGUUACUGCGUCGAAGCGCGUGUGAACCAAGGCCGAUGCCCCGGCUCGUUGGCGGGAACGUGCCAAGAAACGUGGAUCCCGACCGCGAAUGGGAAAUACGUCGGUACGAUCAUUGGGAUCAAAGCGAUUGCUGGGAUGGAGGGGGAUGACGAGUUUGAGGAUGAGGUCGGAGCGGGAGCGAGUAGUACCCCUUUGGGGCCUACGAGUACGGCCGCUUCGAGGGCGACGAAUGGGAGGAGUGGUGGUCCGAAGAAGAGGAGUGGGGAGGCGAGAGGGGCUAGAGGAGGCAGGGUCGCCGUUAGUGAUGAGGAGGACGAGGAGGAUGAGUUGAUGGAGGAUUGA